ACAUUAGUUUGUCUGAAUGUAAAGUGAAGCUUCAUGUUUUAACUGAUUUAAUUUAUUUUAAGUCUUUUCACCAUAAUUACUCCAGUAGGCAUCCUUAAGUACAUGAGUAUUGUUGAGUACAUCCUCACAUACACACACGCACACACACAUACACACACACGCACACACAUACACACACACACACACACAAACACACGCACACACACAUACAGACACACACACUCUGUGACAUCACAGAAUGGGAUAGAAUGUUAUUCCUUUGAUGCAUCAUGGAAUGGUGUGAUGAUGUCAUCCCCUUUGAUACUUUGAUGUGUGUAUGAGAUCAAAGGAUCAAAGACUGAUAUUGCCUUUCAGUUUUCUUGAAGAUAGAUAUACGGGUUCAGACUUUAUUCAUCCUGCGGGAAAUUUAGGCACCCAGUAGCUUAUACAACGCAUACAAAACACCAAUACACACAAGAAUUAGCACCUAAUCUAUUCUAAUCUAUUGAUAAAUCAGAGUGUUUUGAACUGAUCAGUGCAAUGGAGAAAACAAUGAAGAAAACAAUGGAGAAACCAAUGAAGAAAACAAUGGAGAAAACAAUGGAGAAAACAAUGAAGAAAACAAUGGAGAAACCAAUGAGGAAAUCAAUGGAGAAAUCAAUGAAGAAGCCAAUGGAGCAACCAAUGAUAGAAGGAAAGAAAGAGGAACUUGUUCCAGUCGAAAUCCUUAAAUGGCAAGUGGACAGACAACUAUCACUCCAUGAAAAGGACAGAAAAUUCUGGCUGAAUGAAGUGGAUGCCAAAAGCAAAAAAAUAGACGUUCUUGAGGCUAAAGUCUCAGCUCUAGAAAAGGAAUUGGCGACUUCCAACAAAGACAGGGACAAGUUUGAAGAAGAGUUAAAGAUCACCCAAAAGCACGUUAAAGCCCUUUUAAAAAACGCUACUGUCACUGAUGAAAAAAACGUGCGUGAAGAGAAAAGGCUGAAUAAAUCUCUGGCAGGACUUCAGAAGCAGUUGACUGUUACGCGGGAACGUUAUGAGAAGACUAUUAAAGACCUGACAGAGCAGCAUGAAAAGAGGGAAGCCAGCAUGCAAGCAAAGUUCCAGAAGAGACAGGCACUUUAUGAAGAUGAAACAAAUAGGAAGAUGCAAGAAGAUAUGGAAAAAUAUCAGUCCGAGGUGGAAAAUUUGAAGGACGCGAACAAUAAGUGUGAGCGGGAAAUUAAACAAUUAAAUCAGUUAUUAGAUAUCAUAGACAAAGAGCAUGAAGAGGCUUUUCAGGAACAAGAGGACAGACAACAGAAGGAGAGGGAGACAGUCAAAGCUAAACAUUUCAAAGACUGCAUAGCAUUGAAAUCGAAGAUAAUGUCGCUGCUUGAGAAAAUCAAAGAACUAGAGAAUAGGGAAGAUCUGACUCGUAAAUUGAAUGCAGCGUAUGAGACUAUUCAAAAUUCAAAAUACAUCAUUAACAAGAAAAAUCAGGAGAUAGAACGUUUAAUUUCGGAAAAGAAAGAAGCACAAGAGAACUUUUCUAGCGAAAGGGACAACAAUGCUGUCCUACAAGCAACAUUAAACGACCUGCAGGAGAAACUCGACUCUCUGAAGACCAUGCUCACGAACGAGCAGACGAUGCUGAAAGACACAAAAGAAGACCUCAAUGGGGCCAGACAAAAAAAUCGCAUCUUAAAUGAUCAAAACCAGCUCCUCCGUUACAAAGUGGCGGCCCAUGAACCACAGCUUGAAAAGACUAAAUUUACGACGAAAGAUCUGCAGACGUAUCAGCUACGAUUCAAGGAGGAUUUAGAGGCAUGCUUACCUUUUCUUGAUAAGCCCAAGAAAUUAAGAAAAAGAGUCCUUCUCCUCAAAAGAUGCUACUUAGACGGCGAUGAUAGACUGCCAAUGGAUGAAAACACUCGAUUGGCCUAUCAACAUCAGAUUGACUGUUUAAAGAAAAAGCUUGCUAGCACUCUAGAGGUCAACAAGGCUCUUUCCAACGAAGUAAGAAAUCGUGAAAUGCGGAUACAGAGCAAUGCUAAAACUGCACACGAGGAAAGGGCCGCUUUAAUUGGACAUAUAAAUAAAAUGGUUGAGAAGCACAAACCACAGAAAGCAAAAUCAACCAGUAACCUAGGCUGUGUCCCAGUUAAAUUGCCACCUAUUAAAAAGCCUCAUCCUCCUACAGAACAGCAGCAGCACUUUUUAAGCUCAGAGCUCAGACGGCUCAGCAGUUAGCACAGCGGCCUCAUAUCUUGCCUUCCACAUGCCCACAUUCAACCAUUAAUGGUCAAUGCAAAAGCAUUCAUGAAUAUAAAAAAUGCAGAUAAUUGGGCUCCCAGUAGAAACCUGCUGAACAACUGAAGCUUAAGUUAUCAGAGAAACAAGCUGAGCAAACGUUAGCAGCAGCUGGGCUAGCAGUGCCAGCCAAACAUUGUCAGAGAAACAUUGAUUUUUAAUGUAAAACUGCUUUAUUCAGUGUUUUUACUGGUUUUAAUCACCGGGUUUGUUUGGA